CUCAGGUCAUAGGUCGUUUCACAUAUGAUGCACGGUCGGUGACUAGGGUGCGGGUAGAGUGAGGAGCCCAUGCAGGUUUCAAUGAAGAGCAUGGAAAGUGCGAUGGAGAGAAUCCACCGGCUGACGCGGUCCCUACGCAGCGCACGUGCGGUGGAGCUGCCGGCCGACCCAGAGACAGCAGCGUACCUUCUCAUGCCGAUGAUCAUUGCCAACCAACAUAGGUCAGUAGCAGAUCUCAUCAGCAGUUCCAGUUUUGAUGUGAACUAUGCUUUUGGGCGUGCCCAGAGGAACCUGCUGCACAUUGCUGCCAACUGCGGGUCAUUUGAAUGCAUGGUUCUGCUACUGAAGAAAGGUGCUGAUGUCAACUACCAGGACAUGUCGGGCUGCACGGCUCUGCACCUGGCUGCCAGGAAUGGUCAGAAGAAGUGUCUUGCCAAGCUCCUAGAAUACAAUGCAGAUGUCAACAUACGCAACAACGAAGGCCUAACCACGAUCCACUGGCUGGCAGUGAAUGGUCGGACAGAGCUCCUACAUGACCUGCUGCAGCAUGUGGAGAAUGUGGACGUGGAGGUGGGAGACAGGAAACAGAAUGUGGAUGUGGAGGAUGCACAAGGCCAGACUGCACUUCAUGUGGCAUGCCAAAAUGGACAUAAGUCAACAGUUCUGUGCCUGUUGGACAAUGGUGCAGACAUUAACAGACCCAACGUGACAGGAGCAACACCUCUGUCAUUUGCCUGCAGUCAUGGCCAGAGAGAUACAGCACAGAUCCUGCUGUCCAGAGGAGCCAAGUACCUGGGGGACAGCAACGGCUGUGCACCGCUAGAACUGGCUGUGCAGGGAGGUUACAGUGAAACAUGUGAAGUCUUGCUGCAGCACAUCCCCAGACUGUUUGAACCAUUAAUGCAGAUGACUCUCAACACCAACAUUAAAGAAGCCAUGUUGUUCAAAGUGCUGGCUUUUAUUUGCCAGAGUUCUGUGUCCCAACAUCACAUGAUCCUGGUCAGUGUAGCAGAGCUGGCGUCAGCCGCUGGACACAGACUGCUCAGUGUGUCCAGUAACUAUGAGGACCAGGUUGUUAGUUUCCUGCGCUGUGUGAAGAUGCUGUGUCGGCUGUACCGGCUGGCCCCGUGUGAACACAGCGCGAAGGACAGCUACACAGCAUCCAGGAAUACUGUUCCAAUGGCAACUGUCUUUCGGCCACUAGAACUGCUCUGGAAGUCCCUGGAGGAAUGGCUGCUCCUGAUUGGUUCGGAGCUGAACAGGGCCAAGACAGCGCCCAGUAAGUGCAGUAAAGGUCUGGGUGAGGAGGACAGCCUACAGGACACUGAUGAGAUCGCUACAGCACUCAUCGCUGACAGACUGUCACUUCACGAGGAUGACCUGCCAGGAGAGAUGACCUUGAGCUCGUCUCUCCAGAGUUUGACCUUGGGAGGAUCAGGAGAACUGAAGGAUCACAUCGUGGAGGAGGAGGAUGAAGCUGAGACAACAGUCCCUCCCCAGGACGGCAAGUCAGACACAUCUACUGACCAGUCAGCCGGCAGACCGGGGACAGUGGAGGCAGCAGGGGCUGACCAGGAGGUCAAGUUGUCUGGAACUGACUCCCAACAGUCAGAUUCUGUACAAGGUGGAGUCCUGUUCAACACAAGCUCACACGACAUUCAAGGACACCAUUCCACGGCCGUGAGAGGUCACCGGAGGUCACGGUCGCGUACGUACAGCAGCUCCAGCAGCCGGGGCACCAGUCCGCCCGGCUCGACCUCGCGGUCCCACAGCGCGCAGGACGUGGUGGCAGCGUGUGCUGACAGGGUGUGUGCCGUCAUACAGGCCUUCUACAACUGCUGCUCAUGCCACACACCUCAGGGUAUGACGUCUCCCCGGUUCAUAGAGUUUGUGGUCAGGCAUGACGCUGUUCUGAAGUUCCUGGUAACAAGAAAUCCUAAGAUCAUCUUUGACCAUUUCCACUUCCUACUGGAAUGUCCAGAACUCAUGUCCAGAUUCAUGCACAUCAUUAAGGCACAGGACUUCACUGCCCGUCGAGAGUGGUUUUAUGAGAACCUCCACCCUCAGACAGGAGACAGAGACCUGGUACACAGGCCGCCCAGUGAGGAUGACGUACUGCUUAUAAACAGAGAACAAGUGUUUGACAGCAGCUGUAAGAUUGUUACCAAGAUGAACAGUGAGAAACUCAAGGAGAACAUUGCAGUCAAGUUCAGUGGGGAGGAGGGAAUGGGUCAGGGAGUGGUGAGAGAGUGGUUUGACAUCCUGUCCAAAGAGAUUCUCAACCCAGACUACGCACUCUUCACCAUGUCUGCUGAUGGUAGUACCUUCCAGCCCAACAGUAACUCAGCUGUGAACCCUGACCACCUGAACUACUUCAGAUUUGCUGGAGGCAUCAUGGGCCUGGCUCUGUACCACAGACAGCUGCUGAAUGUGUACUUCACUCGCUCCUUCUACAAACAUAUCCUAGGCAUCCCUGUGAACUACCAUGAUGUCGCCUCUAUUGACCCAGAAUAUGCAAAGAAUUUACAGUGGAUCCUGGACCAUGACAUCAGUGACCUUGGGCUUGAGUUGACCUUCUCAGUGGAGACGGACGUGUUUGGAGCGAUGGAAGAAGUGGAGCUAAAACCUGAUGGCAAAAACAUCCAGGUUACAGAGGCUAACAAGGCUGAGUAUGUCCAGCUGGUGACAGAACUGAGGAUGACCCGGGCCAUCCAGCCUCAGAUCAACGCCUUCCUGCAGGGAUUCCACGCCUUCAUACCCUGUUCACUGGUGCAGCUGUUUGAUGAGUAUGAACUGGAGCUGAUGCUGUCAGGUCUACCUGAGGUAGAUGUGGAGGAUUUUGAGAGGAACACAGAUUACAACAGUGGGUACACAGCUGACUGUCCUGUCAUUAAGUGGUUCUGGGAGACGGUGAGGGAUUUUCCCCAACAAGAAAGAGUGCUGCUGCUGCAGUUUGUAACAGGAAGCUCCAGGGUCCCCCAUGGUGGGUUUGCCUAUCUCCCAGGAGGAAGUGGGAUGCAAAAGAUCACCAUUUCUCCUGUCACUUACACUCCAAACCUGCUGCCUACUGCCAGCACAUGCAUCAAUCUGCUGAAGCUGCCUGAGUACAGGUCCAGAGAGGAGCUGAGAGAACGGCUGAAAGUUGCUCUCCAGCACGGCAGUCUGGGAUAUGGCAUGGCAUGAUGCAGCUGAUGUGUGCAAGUGGAGAACAACUGAAUCAUGAAGUCUUUGUUGUGCAUGGAAAUUACCAGCCAUUAGUGUUUUGUUCACAAUCACGGUUUGUUCUCGAAUUUGCCUACUUUUUGCAAAAAUGAAAAAAAACCAUCAGGUUCUGACUCAACUCCAAAAUGCUGAUGUUUUGUGCUCCAAUAGUUGAAUAAAGUCCUUGUUUUCUUUCUAUCAAUGCAGUGGCCAGAUGAAGUUAAAAAUUCAUUGUUUGAAAUGAAUUAUUAUUGAUCAAACUGCUGUGUUGAUGUUAUCGAUCAUGGCCACUAUUAAACAGAACUGUGACUGUCACAGUAUAUGGGGGUAUCAUAGAAUGCCUUUUUUUUUAAAUCUGAGAACCAAAUUAUUGAAUUGGUGUAGUCUCAGUACCAUGACCACAGAAGAAAACGUUACCCAGAAAUAUGUAUAGUAUUGCCAGUGCUGGUAAAUGAUGUUUUUAGGAAUACAUGAGAGCUCAAUCUAUAGUAUCAGAGUCAUCAAACCUGGUCUCAGCAAGUGGUUGCAGUGCUCAGGAGUGCAGUUGCUCCAUAUAUUGGUUGGUUGCAAUUGGCUGGAUGUAUGGUAACUACUGUUCAAUUGCAUAGUACUACAGUACAACUUUUUAUCAUGGAGUUAUCAUCUUUGUAAAGAUUACAGUGUGCAUCAAUAUAUUUAGAACAAAAUCAAUGGCCAACAGUGCCAACGCUGGUAGAAACGGUGAAUUUUAAAUGGGUGCUUUUUAGCUGGAUGUUACUGUCAAUCAUAUGAUAAUUGUGGCUGUUAAGAGUGGGGUAUGUAUGUCAUAUGAGGUACAAAUGUAUGCCCGAUAGGUCACAGAAUGUUUUUUGAAAUCGCUGUUUCUUUGUUUUUAAACAAAUUCUCAUUGGUGUAUUAAAAGAGGACU